AUGGAGGCCAUGGUGUUUGAAACCGAAGCAGUUGAUCAGGCCAUAGAACCGUAUAUAAAUGAAAAUGUUAACACAAACGAUUCCAUGGAAGCAACAUAUGAAUCUGAAGAACUUAAUGAUUUCAGUGUGAAAAUUGAAAUUGACGAAUAUGAUGUUGAUGAUGAAAGGAUAUUGGGAAUGGUUUUUGAUACACCCUAUGAUGCCUAUACAUUUUAUAAUGAUUAUUCGUUUUUGCAUGGAUUUGUUAUACGUAGAGAUGACACAAUUAAAAAUCCUAAAACAAAUGAGCCUUUUCGAAAGAUAUAUGUAUGCAGCAAAGAAGGUUUCAAACGGAUGGACAAAAAUGAUUCAAGUGAAAAAUGA